CAUGCUAUAUUUCUACUGUGUCUGUGUGAGAGAGGGAAACCACAGAGAUGAAGAAACCAGGUGGAGCAGAGAAGAAGAAAGUGAAACGAUCCCCAUCCAAUACUACUCCUCCAAGGGUGAGAAGUUUUCCUUUCUCAAAUCAGUUGCUGCUUAGAUAUUCGUAUGGGGCUGACGCGUAGGAAAUUAAGGGUAUUUUUGUAUAUGAAGGAUGAAGAGUUUGCGUCUGAGAAACAAGGUGCGAACAAGGACGUCUUCCAGCUGUUUGCCGAGAAAGUAAGGGAUCAUAAGGGCUUGGUGUCUCGUUGGGCUGUCCUGCAGGAAACACGGGUAGAGUAUUUCAGGGGAAAAGAUUUCGUCGCUUUUGUGAGAAAUCAUUCAGAACUUAAAGACAUACUAGAGUCAGAUAGAGGUUUGGAACCUGAAGAUAUUGCCAACACGCUGCUUAAAAAGAAUCUUUUAGUCUGCUGUGAUCGUGUGGUGAAAACUGUUCGGCCUGGGAAGAAAAAGUUAUCGUCUUGGCCAGCACAUUUAGAGAUAUACCAUGAUCAAGUAUUUUCUGAAAAUGACGCCUUUUUUGCAUGGGCAUUUGUGAAAAGAAGACCCCUCUGGCAAACACUUCUCUCAUUCUUCUGGCCGGUGUUAACACUAGCGAUCUGCUUGUUUCCUGUUUAUCCCCAUUGGGCCAAAUUGCUUAUACUAUAUACAUGUGCUGGUCUCCUCCUCCUUAUACUUUGUCUGCUAUUCAUAAGAGUUUUGAUCUUUGGCACUAUUUGGGUAAUAUUUGGGAAGCGUGUGUGGUUUUUCCCCAACAUUCUUGCCGAGGAAGCAACACUGCAAGAUUUGUUCCAGGUUUGGCCUCAGAAGGAUGAAGGCGAGCGACCUAAGUGGACAGCAAGGCUUUUCUAUGCGAUAGUAGCUGUGGUUGUUAUUUUGGUCCUGAGGCAUCAUGGUCCUGACGAGGCUGCAAGAGCCAGGUAUCAGAAGCGAGUUUCCAACAUUAUCGAUGAUGUGCUCGAGUGGUCUCCUAGAAUGGCUCUGUCAGGGAUGAUGGAAACCAUGGUCAAUGUCACCGACUCUAACGAUAAUGCAGCUGAUGAUACCAAAGCUGACAGUGAAAGAGUUGCUUUCCCAGAUGACUUAGAUGAAGAAACCAUUCCCAAAGAAGAGAUUGAGGAUGUUACUGGAAAUGUAGAAGAUAGUGAUCAUCAUCAACGUGACUUGUAAUUUAUAUAAAUGUUGAACCAUAUGCUUUCAAGAUUUUGUUUUUUUGUAUCAACUUUUAAUUCUCUUUUAUCGUAAAGUAUUUUGCAGAACUCUA